GAAUCGCCAGUCUGGGGGGCCAUUCCUUCGGAUCAAACCCGCCUGCCUGGCUCUUAGUUAGGCUCUCGCUUCAUGUUCUCCCCGUCCAUACAAAUGCGUAAAGAACCGAAUCCGUCGAUCGGUGGAUCAAGACUCUGAUGCCAGUGAGUGAGAUGUGAUACCCAUAAAGUCAUGCUCCCAUUGCACCCUGUUCCCCUGUGAGUCUCACAUCUCGUAGGGCGGGCCUUGCUGUCUUCCUUUUCCACUUCCAAUUGCGCCAGAUCGACUACGCAGCGAGAAUACGUGUAAAUCUCUUCCAGGCCCACUAUCACUGUGUGCACUGCUCAGUGUGGCGAGCGGCUACAACCCAUCGACAACGCACAAAGGGAGGACGCCUCGAUUUGCGACAGUACACCGAAGAGCACGCGACCAUGUCCACAGAACCGCCCUUCAUCGUCGACGGCGAGGUCAUGUUUAUACACCCGCCGGAUGACUGGCCUACCGACGAGUUCAGCUGGAGAGAUCCGGUGCGGUCGUUCGUCCAGGAGCACUACUUUAUCUUUGGCGUCAUGGGCUCGCUCGCACUGAUCGCGCUCUGCCAGCGCUUCUACACCAAGGCAUUCCUCUCCAAGGGUCUAGCAGUCGACGAUUUGUUCAUGUUUUUCGCCUGGAUAACCUCGGUGACCACGCAAGCCCUCAUGUGCUAUCAGGUCGCCAACAAGACGCUGGGUCUGCACGGGUGGGAGAUGAUCGCCUCGCGGUUCGCCAAGGAUAUGCCCGUCACAUACGCCACGGCCGGCAUCUUCCAGAUGUGCAACGGCUUCACCAAGCUGUCUCUGCUCACCUUCUACCUCCAAAUUUCGCCGCAGAGGGGCUGGAAGAUUGCCAACUGGAUUGCCAUUGCCAUUGUCGCCGUCUCCUCCACUGUCAUCACGCUGAUGCUGUACCUCUACUGCCGACCACCCGCCAAGGCGUACAUGCCUCAGCUCGAGGGCGACUGCUUGAAUCCAGGGGCGCUGUACAUCGCAACAGCCGUCUCCAACAUUGUCACCGACUUGAUGCUCUUUGUCCUGCCGAUCCCCAUGGUGGUCAAGCUCCGGAUGAGCAAGGUGCAAAAGGCCGGUGCCGUCUUCAUCUUUGGCGUCGGCUCCGUGACUGUCGCCACCUCGGGCGUCCGCCUCUACUACUUGAUGAAUGUGUUGAACACCCAAGAUCUCACCUGGGACGCGGCACAAGCCAACAUUUGGUCCCUCAUCGAAGCCAACCUCUUCAUCAUCUGCGGCUCCAUGCCGACCCUGCGCAAGUUCUUCAAGCACUUUGCCCCGCGCCUCAUGGGCGGCUCAUCCGCCAACACCAACUCGGGUGGGUAUCGGCACUAUGGCGGCAGCUCGGGCGCGCGUCUCGAGACGAUUGGUGGAACGAACAAGGAGACGCGCAAGGCAAGAAGCCGCUACAUGGAGAUGGACGACAUGCACGACCUCUCGCCCACGACUAGGAACGACAUUGGCACUGACGACAAUGUGGAUCGGGUGCAUAAUGACAAUGGGAGCGACAAGGCGAUCCUGCAGACCAAGACAGUCGAAGUUUCGUAUUCAUGAUAUUGAUAAAGAAGAGGCUAGGGCGUGUAUAUUUUGUUAGAUUUGAUAUUGAC